AUGAGACACAGCUGGCAGCAUCUGUCACUCCUCUUGGCUAGUGAAGCCGUCAUUGCGCAGCGCGUCCUGCAGGGCAGCGUGCAGCACUUCCAGAGUGACCAGGCUGGUCCGUGGCAGCCUCUACUCGCCCUGGGUUACGGCUCGCCGCCCCAAGAAAUUACUUGCAUCUUCGACUCGGGAUCCUCCGAUACCAUCAUCCCGCUGGCGGGAUCCGACCUGUGCAAGGUCAAGAAUCAGCAAUGCACGGCGCCGGCGCCCGAAGUCCGCGGCCAGUUUGACCCCAAGAAGGCAUCUGACGUCAAGGAAGUCAAGAGCCAGACGUUUAACGCCUCUUUUUCCGGCGGCGAUGAGUUUGACGGCAACUUCAUCAAGACGACCGUGACCGUAGGUGACAAGGGCGAGGUCCCUGACGCCCAGGUGGCGCUGGCGUCUGGCGGCCAGCCCGCGGGUGACUUUCCGCAGUUUUCCAUUUGCGGUACAGGUCCUCGCGAGAACGAGGCGACGGAGAAGAAAUACGACAACUUGCCGGAGACCAUGGCAAAGACGGGCGCUAUCAAGGCCAAUGUCCACAGUGCCGUCAUGAACCCCACGCCCUUUGGCAACGGCAGCGUAUUCUUCGGAGGUAUCGACCGGUCCAAGUUUGAGGGCGAGCUGCAGAAGGUGGAGAUUGACCCCGACAACGAGGGCAAGAUUCGCGACUUUGUCGUCAAGAUGACCUCUUUGAGGAUGGACAUGAGCGGCGGCGACCAAGGCGUGAAGCCUAAUAAAACCCAGCAGCGCGAGCGCAUGCGUCUUAAGCGCUCGAUCAGCCGCCGUACGACCGCGCGCAGGGUCGGCGUCAAGGCAAAAGGAAGCUAUGGCGGCAGCGUUUUGAAGACGGAAAGCGUGGAAAACGAUGAUGACCAAUCUGUAAAUGUGCUGAACAACGGCAAAAACGAUGGCCAAAACAAUGACCAAGGCGGCUGCACCUGCAACAACCAGGGCAAAAACGACAACGGUGGUAAUGACGAUGAGAAUCACAAUGGAAAUGGCGAUGGAAACAACAACCAGGGUAAAAAAAACCAGGACAACAAGAAGGGCAAAGGCAAUGGCAACGGCAAUGGCAACGGCAAUGGCAACGGCAACGGCAAUGGCAAUGGCAAUGGCAAUGGCAAUGGCAAUGGCAACGACAAUGGCAACGGCAAUGACAACAAAAAUGGCAACAAAAAUGGCAAUGGGAACAAGAAUAACAACGACAACGGUAAUAAGAAGGACAAGGGCAAAAAGAAUGGUGGCAACAAGGAUGACGGUAACAAAAACGGCGGCAACUCUACCUCUGGCAACCUCAUCGAUCUGGGCCUCAAGGAAGCCGAGACCUUCACCCUCUUCGACACGGGCGGCGUCGCCCUGACGCUCCCCGCCGGCGUCCUGAAGAACAUGGCCAAGGCUCUCGACACCGACUUCAACCAAGAGUCCGGAGAGCUGGGCCCUGUCGAGUGCGGCAAGCUCAACGCGGGCAACAAGAUCGUCAUGGGGUUCAACGACGACAGCGUCCAGAUGACGCUGGGCCUCGACAAGAUCCGUCUCUCCGAGGAGCUGACGGCGCCGGAGCUCACAAAAGCCGGCAUGUGCCAGGUCGGUGCCUUUGCGGGCGACCCAAACGAAAACCUCAACAGCAUGGGCUUCGUCUUCUUCACCGACGUGUACACCGUUUUCGACCUGGAGAGCAACAGCCUCUGGUUCGCGCAGGCCAAGGGCGAUCCUGGCGCGCCGGCCGGGCAGCUUGAGGAGUUUCCUCCCAAAGCAUAA